UUCGCUUCGUGCUUCUUCCGUCCGCGUGGAUGGUCACAUUUGAAAUUCAAACUGCGGAGAAGACGGUCGGGUUCGUUUCGUUUCGCGAGUUCAGUGAGCAGCGUUCGAUUUGUUUUAAAAUCGCCGCAUUUCGUCAGUGAAUACCCGCAUUGCACAUGGCCAAACUAACAAAGUAGUAAUAGCCCUGAGUUUAAACGAGAGUUUAAAUCGAAUUUAAUCGAAGACUAAACGGCGCGUCGCUAAAUGUCAAAACAAUUAACAACCAAGUACAGCCAAGCUAAAGCGGAGUAACGAAAUUAGCAAGACGAAGAAGCAUAAGCAGAGAAUAAGACGAAGAAAACGCAGCGAGAGCAAGAACUGUGAUAAAGUUAAGUGGUAAACACAAGCAUGGAUAACAGUAGCGGCCAAAACAGCAGAACGGCGUCGUCAGCGGCGUCCACCAGCAAAAUAGUCAACUAUUCGUCACCAGCCUCGCCAGCAGUCGCCACCUCCUCAUCAUCAUCAUCAUCCAGCAGCAGCAGUAGCAACAGCAGCAGCAGCAGCAGCAGCAGCAGCAUGAGUAAUAGCCAGGAGGACACCGUACUGGGAUUAUUUACCCCCAAAAAGGAGUUCCCCAAUGCCAAGAUGCUGCAAACCAUCAGGGAGAAGCUGAUGACGCCUGGCGGAGCCUGCGACCUUCUGGCCCUGGGAAUCGCCGCGGAACCCACGGACCAGCAGCCCGUCAAGCUCAUCCAACAGCGCUAUCUGAUCAGCGCCCAGCCUAGUCACAUAUCGGCCGCCGUGGCCGCCAAGACGCCCGCCUCGUAUCGCCACUUGGUCGAUCUCACCGCCUCCAAUCUGCGCUGCGUGGACGUCUUCACCGGGGAGCAGUUUCUCUGUCGUAUUGUGAACGAACCGCUGUAUAAGGUGCAACGUGCCUACUUCCAGUUGCAGCAACACGACGAGGAGCUGCGCCGAAGCACCAUCUAUGGCCAUUCACUAAUCCGACCCGUGCACGAUAUCAUACCGCUGUCCAAGGAUCGCACCUACAUCCUCAUUGCGCCCGUGCCCCAGGAGAGGGACUCCACGGGUGGGAUGACCGGGGUGUACGAGAACCUGCACACCUACAUCCGCCACGAGAAGCGACUGUGCGAAACUGAGGCGAGGGCCAUAUUCCACCAGAUCUGCCAGACCGUUCAGGUGUGUCACCGCCACGGGAUUAUCCUCAGGGACCUCAAGCUCAAGCGGUUCUACUUCAUCGACGAGGCCAGAACCAAACUGCAGUAUGAAUCACUGGAAGGCUCAAUGAUCCUCGACGGCGAGGACGAUACUCUGAGCGACAAAAUCGGUUGCCCACUGUACACCGCUCCGGAACUACUGUGCCCACAGCCAACGUACAAGGGCAAACCGGCGGACAUGUGGUCGCUGGGCGUGAUCCUGUACACCAUGUUGGUGGGUCAGUAUCCGUUCUACGAGAAGGCCAACUGCAGCCUCAUUACUGUCAUCCGACACGGGAAUGUCGAACUACCCAUGACGCUGUCCAAAUCGGUGCGAUGGCUGUUGCUUUCGUUGCUGCGGAAGAAUUUCACGGAACGCAUGACCGCCAGCCACAUAUUCCUGACACCGUGGCUGCGACAGCAGCGCCCCUUCCACAUGUACCUGCCUGUCAACGUGGAGGUGGCCGAGGACUGGAGCGAUGCGGAGGAGGAGAACGGAGGCACUGCCACCGAUGCGAUGGAUGAGGACGAAGAAGGACUCUGUUCCUUGGGUGACAAGCACGAGUACGAGGACAUUGGCGUGGAGCCUCUGGACUACACUCGCUCCACGCUCCAAAUGGCUCAGAAUGCCAAUGGACUGUCCACGGACCCCGAACCCGAUACGGAUGUGGACAUGGGCUGAUUGGAGCUCGUGGAGUCGCCCACGGGUUGCAUUCUGGGACACGCUUGGCUGCAUCCGGCUGAAUGCCGGCUUCUUAACCGCCGGGACUGUACAUAUCGUACGAUAUGACACUGUGGUCAUCCUGGCCCUCCUUGAUGCGCCGACUCUGACUGCGUUCCACGUCGUCUUCCUGCAGGUGGUACUGCCAAAAAAGACUUAAAGCCUCGCUUAGACACUCUUAGACACACAAGAACUCACUGCCUUCCAAUCGCGCUGCGGCCCCGAUUCGUUCAAGAAUCACGCCGCUCCGCAGCAUCCUCUCUGCAACCGAUUCUUCCUAAAACCUAUCUAUGUACAAUACCUUUUAAUUUUUUUGCAAACUGUUGAUCUUAUCAAAGGACAGUCGCCCUGAUUCGUUUUUGGGCUUUAAAACACACAUUAGUUUCCAUGUUAAAAAAUGCAACAUAUGCAAUUGUUAUUUAUUAUUUAAUACUUCUGUAUUACGCUUUGUCUACUAUUAAAAUCUUGUAAGUGAAAAUUGCGAAAAAAAAACAUAAUACAUUGAAAUUUGAUCUCACCAAGAAUAA